AUGUUCCGAGGACGUGAUAUAAGACCCGGGCCCUCUAUUAUUUCUCAUGAGUUUAAUACGGAUGUAAGUAGCGGAAAUGGAACAGUAUCCACAUCGAUGAAUCCAGAAUGUCCACUUGUAGAAAGCAAAUUAAAUGAAACAAAAUUGUCUUUAUUAAUUGAACACCAAUUAAAUUCAAAUCCAAAUAAAUUAAAAGAAUUUCUCAAUUUUUUACAUAAACGAUCGGGUAUAUGGUAUUGGAUAAGCGCAAAUUUUAUAUUCACAUGUUGCACAUUCGUCUUAAAAUUAAUACCAGCCGAUAUGUUCGACAUACUGAUUAUGCGUUUUCUUAUCCAGUCAAUUGUCUUCGGUGUUUAUGCUCUAUAUAAAAAAUAUAAUAUAUUUGGUGAAAAAAGUCAACGUAGUACAAUUAUAGUAAUGACAACGACAUCGAGUGCGACUAAUUUAUUUUAUAUUACCGCAUAUUAUUUUCUACCGUUAUCUGAUUUAAAUACGGUUCGUUACACGUAUAUUGUAUGGACUGCCUGUUUGGCUGUGAUUUUUCUCAAGGAAAAAUUUACUCAAGUAAAUGCUAUUUCACUUGUAUUAACUUUCACUGGACUUGUGCUCGCUGCUAAACCGAAAUUUUUAUUCGAUAUAUUAUUGAAAUCAUUGAAAGUGAAUAAUUUAAAUGAAACAUAUUCAUUAUUUUCUAAUAACAGUAACAAUCUAUCAUCCAUCAAUAUUUCAAUAAUAGUAAUUACUGAAUCACCAUCCUAUUAUUAUUAUUUAGGCCUUAUUCUCGCAUCAAUCUGUGCACUUGCAAAAGCCAUACAAUUAGUUGCUCGAAAAAAAUUAAUAUUAACAAAACUGCCGUUUUCCGUAAUGAACUUUCAGUUUACAUUUGUUGCAUUACUUGUCUCAAUUGCCUAUAGUCUGAUAAGACGUUUAUUCAAACCGGAACCAUAUCCUUAUAAAUGGAUGUUAACUGUAGGCAUAGCAAUUGGUUUUGUUCAAUUAAUAACGAAUACAUUCUAUGCUAAAGCAUUAAAAAGAGAAAAUGUUCAAUUUUUGACUAUACUAGGAUCAUUAGACAUUGUAGUAGCUGUCAUUUUACAGUACAUCUUCUUUCGAACACGAAAUACCUAUCUGUUUUAUAUAGGUGCAUCAUUGAUAGUCAUUAGUGCUGCUAUUCUUUCUGUUCACAAUAUGGUAGUGGCAUCAAAAGAAACAAAAGAAAAUACGCCAGUAGGCAAUAAUGACAGUUUAUAG